AUGUCCCAACUUCAACAAAUGCAACAAUAUCAAGCAUUCCAACAAUUCAUGCAACGCGGCUCGGUUCAACUUGAUCAAUUCCAAUCGCAACCGCCAACUUCCCAACCGCAACCCUCGGUUCAACUUGACGAUGAUGAUGAAGUCGUCCCCGAAUCGCCACCUAAAGAACUCAAGCGCAAAAAAAAAAAAAAAAACAGGGGGAAGGGGAAGGCCUUUGAAACCGAAUCCGACACCGCAAAAAAAGCGGUUCGAGAGCAAAGGCGAGAACGGAACAAUCAAACGGGUUCUGGUUUUUGGAAGGCAUGUACGGAUAGAUUUAAUCACCUUAUGGGGGAAUGCGCGGCCCGUCAUCUCGAUUCCGUAUCGGGGAAGUGGCGGAAAAUGAACAAGUGCGUGAAUGAUUUUAUCGGGAUUUAUAACCCACUUUACAUCAAUCGUCCUAGUGGGAGUAGCGACGAGGACGUUCUUAACCUUGCGAUGGCUAGAUGGGAAACAAAAAAUCCGCCUUUCCUGCACCUCCGAGCAUGGAACGUUUUAAAGAAAGAACCAAAAUGGGCGCCGAUUCCAAAUGAGGUCGCAACCGCCAAACGGACUAAAACUUCCGAGUCCGGAAGUUAUAGUGCGGGAGGCUCCACCGCUCGUUGUCAAAUCGACAUAAACGACGAACCGGAAUAUGAAGAGGAGCCCGUUCACGAGAUCGAACGUCCCGGCGGAAGGGACAAAGCAAAAAAAAGAGGCGGCCGCAAAGCGCAAAGGGGCCGGCUCGAGUGGAGGGGGCGGCUCGGGUGGAGGUGGCGGCUCGAAGGCGUCUUCGAAAAUGGACGAGUUAAUUUCUGA